AUGACUGGUACGGUCGCCGUCAGAGUCGCGCUUCUGGAGCUCGGGCCUCUGCCGCUGGAGGUACUACUGCUGGAGACCCUAGGUCUGGGGGUGCUGGAUCUGGGGGUGCUGCUGCUGGUGGAGCUGGUCCUGGAGGAGCUGGCGCUGAGGCUUCUGGAGCUGCUGUGGGUACUGGAGCUGCUGGUACUGGUGGCACUGCACAGCCGCGCCUGUUCUUCGCUCCACCGUCUCCGUCGUCUCAGCCACCGCCUGACUCUUUUUGGUCGUUCCAAUCGUCAUGUUCCUCGUCCGAGUCAGCCGGCUGUCCCCGGCACCCACCUAGUAGUGCGUCGUCCUUCCUCUCCUCCACAGCAAGUUCCUCUGCCGUCUCCUCCUGCGUCUUCUUUGCAUGACGUUCUAGAGCUUGAGUCUGAUCGCGCUCGUGCUGCUCAUCCUACUGUCACGCGUCUGCUAGCCACAGCUGUCACUGACCCGUCAUUUGAGUCUGCUUCUGCAUCUGCCUUAGUCACUGAGCUGGUUAACUUUGCUGCUGCCUGCCGUCUAGACUACGCCACUAGUCUUGUUGUUGAGUCUGAAUCUGUCCAUCCUCCGUCCUUCGGGGGUGAGUGUGCUCUUGGACCGGACGUCCUUGAGGAUAUGCAGGAGGACCUUGAGUGUCUUGCAGCCGCUGCGCCUCAUCUCGUGUCCAUGCUGCUUGCCCCUGAGGGAGACCCGGAUGCACCAGACAUCCCGACUCCGCGAUUUUGA